AUGGGUAUUGAGGUCUCGGGAUGGGGUCAAAGCCAAGGGCUCACGGAGGCUACAAGCGUCAAAACAAUCGGGAAGAAGUUGAUCUCUACCGCGCAUGCCCUGCUCGAUCGACACGCCACACGCUAUGAGCCAGGGCUCACCUGUCCGCACCUCCUGCUCCAGCUCAUGCCACAUGCCAUAGGCCACUACCUUGCCACCAGAGCUUGGGAAAGAUUUGAAGAUGUAGUGGAGUGUGGCAUGUGA